CUAAAGUUAAGGUUCAACUGCAACAAUUUCAUUAUCUGAUGGAUAGAAAAAGAUUGGCAGCUGUUGAUGCGUCGGAUCGGUAUGUGGAAUAGGGCUACCGGCUUUGAGAUAUGGGACAAUCGCGGUAGGUAUCAGAUACGGCGUAACCUAGAUGGAAUAGAUCUAAAUGGCAUCCGUUUGAAGGAUGAAGAAACUCAGAUUGAGAUCAUGAGAGAACCGAACGAAAUCAUAGGUCGUUCGAUGUGGAGCAGUUUUGCACAAAUACACAACCUCAGCAUAUCAACCAUCGCACCAUUUGAAAAGAAUGUCCUUGGCGUGAUUAAAGCUAACCAAGAAAAUAUUCAGAAUUUUGACUACUCGGCAGCUGCUGCAGAAAAAUUGAGGUCAGUAGUUUUGUUUCAGCAUCCAGAGGAAGCUAGCACACGAAACACAUUCCUAAGACCGUUUAGCAUAGCAUUGUGGCUAGCAAUCGGUGCGGUGUUCAUACUGGUUGACAUGAUGAUUCGCAAGGCUCAGGAGUGGCGAAACACAAAGCAGAACCCAUUCCCAACUGAAUUGCUCAUGAUUGGUGUCUUCUGCCAACAAGGAUUCGCCGGAAACGUCGACACCGUUUCGGUCCGCAUUAUGUUGCUCAGUGUAUUGAUUUUUACCGCCCUACUCUAUCAGUUCUACAUGGCGCAUAUUGUCGGAUAUUUGCUGGUGAUGCAGCCGAAGCAAAUUAAAUCCUUUGAACAACUUUUGGAAAAUGCUUUCGACAUUAUUUUAGAAGACAGCGAUGAUAUCGAAAUCAUUCACAAAAGAACCCUCGAUCAAAUGAACGUUACACGGGGAAUAUCUCUAAUCAAAAGCAGCCGAAAGGCUCUUCUCUGUGAUGAGCAACGAGGAUACAGUGCAGUGAAUGCACUUUUCUCCGAUGCCGACCGAUGUAAACUGCAGGAGAUUUCUCUGUUUCCGGAAAUACCAUUACACUUGGCACUUCCGAAAGGCAGCCCAUACAAGGACCUCUUCCACGUAACGCUGCUUAAGAUCAUCGAGCAUGGUGUAAUGCAAUAUGAACGGAGGCGCUGGUUACCAGACAAGCCCAGAUGUGUCGUAAAUGAGGUUAAAAUGCCAGAGCUUAACCUAGAUCAGACGGCCUCGGUGUUUCUCUUGCUGUUAGUCGGCAUCAUCGGAAGUAUGGUCGUUCUUUUGCUGGAAAUUCUCGUCAAUAGGCUUACCACCAGGGAUAAGCAAUGGCCUUGUUCAUGGCGGAAACAUUCUAUCAGAACCAUCAAUCACGGAAUAGCGGAUGGAAACGACAUUUCACGGUCAUUUUGAAUCGUUAAACACUGAUAAUAUUUCUUUUUUAAUUUGUGUUUAUUAACACUUUAAAGUUAUGAAACAAUAGGGCCAACUUACCAGAUCCAAAAUCACCCAUUCUAGCUGUUCCAGCGUCUGCGGAUGCUCGUUAUUUGUUCGUAGUACUUCGUUAGUUUUACGAUUUACACGCAGGCCG